CCUACAGAUGAAACGAUCGAAAGACUGAUAUUCACAAUUCGAUAGAAGGACAGAUCGUAUACAUAGAUGGAAACCAAAUAUCAAUUUAAUAGAUCAUUUCAUGCACCGUGAUGUGUACCAUUGUUCAACAUUUAGUGUGUGCUCUGCAAAAUAAGACAGACAUUGACUGACGCUGGCUAAAUCAUCAAAAUAACGAAAGUACGUAAUUAAGAAGUAAGGCGAACGAAUAACAUUUAUUAUUAAUAAAGCAAUCUCGACUAAGCCCGCAAACUGGGAAGAAAUAAUUCUUAGAGAGCAGCUGUGAAUUGCCACGUAAACAGGUAUAUGAAGCACUUCAAGACGACUCUCGGAAGGGAAUUCUGACAAGCAUCCUUGGAUGUAGGUGCAUUGCCGGAAUCCACUAGUUUUCUUUUAGGUGAAAAUGUAGGCUUUGGAGCUGUACAUUUAGAGCAAGCAGCAAAACCGUGAGCUAAAUCGGUCGAUUGCGGUUACCGUAUUUCGAAUUUAGGGUACUUUUCAAGGAGAGCAGCGAUUAUAAAUCACUCAUCAGCGCAUAUAUCAAGUUAUUACCCGUCUUCAAUAAUACAGCAACAUUUGCAUAGGAUGUCUGUGCUAGCUAAGCUAGGAGGAUUAGCAAUCAAGUGCUAGUCUGAGCGGAGAUCAUUGCAGUAUCUUUAGAAACUCCAAGAUCGAACAAACUGGCUGCAUUUUGUUUCAUCUUCUAGUGAAGAACUAAUACAUGUUUUCAGAGAGACACUGACGAAUUGCAAGUAUCUUCAGACAGAAUACCAAUUAAAUAUGCAUUAUGUAAAACUCAACUCAGGGAAAAAGUGAAGUGGAUUUAGCCUUCUGUUAUGGAUUGUGGGGGUGGAAUGAAUUACAGCUAAAAGGCAUCUGGUGUAGACUAUUAAUGUAAUAAACGGGAGAAUAAAAUAACUUUUCAAUCGAUCUGGUGAUCCUCCGAGUGAGACACAUCUGAAGUGAAAAACCGAUACGCAGGAAUCUCUUGUACUGCAAUCAAGUUAAUCAGACAUGAAAACCAUACAUCCAAGAAAACAGUGAUCUGUUGUGGAGACAAAUAACGCACCCGCACCAUAUCUCCCGCAUAUGAAUACCCGCGUAUAUUAUAUAACACCCGCGUAUACAUAGCAUGGCUGGAUACAUGAUGGAGACAAGGGAGCUCAUGUAUGGAAUAAGCACAAUGGAAAAUACUGGAAAUACAACUUGGAAUUUAUCCAUGGAUUUAAACAACAGUUCAUAUAGGACACUAGAAAUGGGGAUAUAUAAUGCUUUGGAUUAUAAAGACGCGAUUAAGGGUGCUGUGUUGACCUUACUAGCAUUGGUAGGAACUUGUACGAAUACAUUUAUCCUCAUGGCAAUUGUACCAAAUAGCAAAUUGCAUAAUGUGACAAACGUGCUUGUGUGUCACCUGGGGGUUUUAGGGCUGUUAUCUUCAGUAAUUAUGCUGCCACUUUAUGCAAGCACAUCGUUUAAUAUUACAACAGUGUUCCAGCGUCUGCCGUUGCUAUGUCAAAUCCAUGGUUUUAUUUCAUCUCUGAUCGUUGUAGCUACGAUCUGGAACAUUACGGCAUUGAGCUGGGAUAAAUACCAAGCGAUCUCUCACCCGUUACAACAUACAACCAUAUCCACUAAGAAAAGAUUAACAGCGUGGAUAUGUGUCUUAUGGAUAUUCACGACGCUGUUGUGUUUGCCGCCGCUGAUACCCAGUGGCAAUAUCACAUACACAUUUCAUCCCUAUAAAACAGCCUGUGAAAUUGAUUUUUCUAACUAUGCGGGAGUAUGGUAUAGCGUUGUUUAUAUGAUUCUCGCCUUCUUCGCACCCAUGGUUAUAAUGCUUUAUUGUCAUUCCCAUUUAUUCAAGAUAGCAAGGACGCAUAGCCAAAUGAUCGUAACUAUGCACUUAGUGUCGGUGUUAACGGUUGUACAAGCCCCCGUAACGGCACACACUAAAGGCAAAAUUCGCACACCCGUGCACGCUUUUCGUGGCAAAAGAGCGAUGGGUACAAUCGUCCAAUUAAUCACGACUUUUAUUGUGACUUACACUCCAUAUUGCAUUGUCGUUGCCAUAGAAAUGGCGACGUCUAAAGAAACGAAUUAUUAUCUUGUUGUCAUAUCAACGAUUCUAUUAUACGCCGCUCCUUGCACAAAUGCGUUUGCCUAUGGGAUUAAGAAUCGCAUAUUGCGCCAGUCAUUCAAAAACUUUGUUACUAAAAUAUAUCAGAAAUAUACUUCAAAGAAACACGUUCCAAAGCCAACUUUGUGGCAACAACGACGUAAGAGCUCAUCCAGGACAACGAGUAAAAAGACACCAUCGAGUACAAAUUCUAAACGGGAGCAAAUGCGCAUGGAAAAUGGAUGCAUAGUUGGCCCUAGAAGUACCGCGACAUGUCCAAAUAAUCGUGCAAGUUUCGACGGUGCCGUUGGCCCACAUAGUAAUAUAGAUGAAUACAUUCCACUUCAGCCCGCUCCAGGGAUACGAUAUGACCUGGAAACGAGUAUACAUCCCCCACCUGAAGAUAUCGCAGAGGAAAGUGAAUAUGACUUUAACAAAAAUGAUACAAAUUCAGAGAUUAAUGACGUAAUUGGAUAUGAUGUCAUUGAAGUUGAUAUAGAAAAGCCUAGAGAGGUUACUGUACGAUAUAAGCCUUCCUUGUCCCCCGUACCAGACCUGCCUGAUAUCGAUGUUUGAGACGCACAUGUACAUAAAAAUACACCUCCAACAUAUUCUCAUUCAGCAAAGCCCUGUUUUAGAUCUCUAAAAUCAGGGCUCGUCUCAGAAUUUCAUACCGAAUUUUGGUUUUAAUAUAUCCCGUUAACUUAGACCAAACAAUCAUUUUUUGUUAUUGGACAGACUUUUGGGAAAUGUGAUUUUUGUUCAAAUUGUCUCCCAAAUGGUGAUCUUUGUACGCAUCGCUUCAUAGUAUUUAUAAAUGUAUAUGUAUACUGGACUCAAUAUAAUAAAUACACAUCAUCGCACUGAAUUGAUCAUCAGUUUGUACAAGUAUAUUCAUCGAGUAAAACGUCGGCCUUAUAUUGCAAGUCAUAAUACAGAAGAUUAGCAAAGAUGACGUCGUUUAAUUUAAAAUAUUACCCAUGGAAUUCAUGUAACAAG